AUGAUGCCGCUGACGCUCGCCUGCGCGUCGCUCCUGCUGAUGUGCGUCUGCUGGAGCGUCGCGUUGUGUCCGCCGCGCUGCGUCUGCUCCGGGACGCCGCUCACCGUGCGCUGCUCCCCCGCCGAGCUCCCGGGACAGACCGGCACUCUGAGCCGCUCCGGAGACUCCCUGCAGCAGCUACAGCACAGCGGCUUCCGCGGGCUGCGGAACGCCACACUGAUGGAGCUCAGCCACAACCGCAUCUCGGAGAUCGGCUCUCAUGCGUUCUCGUCUCUGCUAAUGCUGCGUUCACUAAUCCUGAACAACAACCCGCUAGUCCUGAUCCAUCCAGAAGCGUUCUCCAUCCCCGGGAGUCCUCUAGUGGAGCUCAGUCUGCGCUCGUCUCUAUAUAACCACACAUCUCUGACGGAUCUAAUAACGGCGCUGCGAUGGGGAGAAUUGUUCAACCUGCAGCGGCUCGACUUGUCGAGCAACCGGCUCGUCCUACUGCCGCCGGGGAUGUUCACUCCACUGCCAAAACUACAGUAUCUAUACCUGAACAACAACUCUCUGGUGGCCGUCUACAACUGCACAUUCACUGGUGUUGAAAAUCUUCUGGAGCUCGAUUUGAGUAGAAAUGCAUUCAAAACGAUCAGCGGUGAAGGUCUGCAUGAGUUGGAGCGACUCAGUUUGGUGCGACUAAUGUUGAGUCAGAAUCCUUACACAUGCACUUGUGAAAUGCAUGAGUUUGUGCAUUGGUUGAACAGUUCAAAGGUUAAGAUUGGCGAUGUGGAGAGGUUAAGCUGUGAAUUCCCUUCUGAAAUGCGUAAUGUUUCUUUACGGGUUAUUAAUGCACGGGCAUUGGGGUGUUACGGUGAAACACAGAAAGUCAAUAAUGAUUUGUCGCUACACACGUCUUAUGUGUUUCUGGGAUUAGUGCUUGGAUUCGUAGGCAUGGUGUUUCUGUUCGUGGUUUACCUCAACCGAAAGGGUAUUAAGAAGUGGAUCACGGAUAUACAUGAAGCCUGUCGAGAUGUGCUAGAGGGGUAUCAUUAUCGAUACGAACUUGACUCUGAUCCACGACUGGGACAUGUUUCAAACAGAGACUCACGUUUGGCACGUGUUCCUACUGACAGUGGUAUUUCACAGAUUCCAUCUGAUGUGACUCUGUGAAUGGACAGUAAACAACUGCAUAAUGAAGAUAUUUCAAUGUAUAUUAUGCCCUGAUAUUUCCAGCACAGGCUCAUUGGAAAUACGUGCCGCAGACUAAAUUAUUUUUUAAUUUUUUUUGUAAAAUACCUUGCUUCGAGUACGUUUUGUUGCAUGUUUGGGAUGAGAAAUCUACUAGAGGGUGCUACAUUUUUCUGAAUCUGAAAUACAUUACUUAGGGUGUGUUUUGUUGUACAUUUCAGAUGACAAAUCCACUAGAGGGCGCUAUCGAUAUUUUUUCAAAUCUGAAAUAAUUAACUAUAAGUACAUUUUGUUGCACGUAUCAGAGAACAGAUCCACUAGAGGGCGCUGUGUGCUUUUGUGUGAAUCUGAAAAAACAUUACUAAUAGUGCAUUUUGUUGUACAUUUCAGAUGACAAAUCCACUAGAGGGCGCUGUCUGUAUUUGUGUAAAUUUGAAAUACGUUACUUAGAGUGUGUUUCAUUGUUUGUGCAUUGGUUGAACAGUUCGAAGGAUAAGAUUGGUGAUGUGGGGUUCUUUACGGGUUAUUACUGCACAGGCAUUGGGGUGUUACGGUGAAACAUUUGUCGCUACAUACGUCUUAUGUGUUUCUGGGGAUUAGUGCUUGGAUUC